AUGCGCACUCUACAAUAUCCAGAAGAGCGGAUAAAUUGGCUUGAGGAGCACAAAGCCAUCAAUAGUGAGUUGGGAGAUGAGCUUCGCGCAUUCGCAGCGGUUAUCGGAUUGGAUGGACCAGCGCAAAUGUACGGUUUUACGAACGACGCCCGCGUUCGUAGCGCGUCCAUAACAAGCCCAAUCCGCAGUGCAUACGCAGAAAUGCGGGAAAACAGUGGCAAAAUUAAGGAGAUAGUUUGCGAGAAUAAUGCAAAACGGCCAUCAAGUCCAAGCUUGGUAGUGACAGACCCAUUGACAAAUGCUCUUCAGAUCGCGCUUGCACAAGCAAAAGUCAGAAGCGACCACGAAGUCUCCAAGUACUCGCGGAGAAUCCAGGCUCUUGAUACAAUGAGCGAAAACGUUAUUGGAGCGACAAUGCUUCCAUUGUCCGUCGUUCCCGAUGUUCUGAUCGAUGGCACAAUGUAUACCGUUCCGAUUAGUACAGAAGAGCCGUCCGUCGUGGCGGCCUUGGCCCACGCCGCUAAGAUUUUCCGUAUAGGUAAGGGAGUACGGACACUUGGGCCAAUCAAUCCAUUCAUCCUCGGCCAGCUUAUUUUCAUGCUGAUCGAUGGGCAGUGGAAGCACCCAAUGAAUCUGUCCGAACUCGAAAGCCUCCUAUCACGAUCGCUGGCAACACACCUUCCCAAUUCACGUAACUACGGCAAGGGAAUCGUCUCUUGCUACCUACGAAAGCUCAAUGACUACAUAUUAUUAGAGAUAGGGCUUGAUCCCGGAGAAGCUAUGGGUGCAAACAUGAUUAAUGGAUUCAUGGAGGCAAUAGCACCAGAUGUAGAGCGCUAUCUCACGAAGUUUGGUCAUGUGGAGCGGUUGACAUCCAUUCUUUCUAACUCUGGAGCUGGACGGGAGUACGAAGCAAUCGCAAAGAUAACUGUGGAAGAUUACGCCAUGGCGAAGAAUAUCCCCAUGAAGAAGGCCGAAGACAUCCUGCGACGUAUAGAGGCCCUCAGCCAGCUUGCAGAGAUGGACACCAAUAGAAGGAUAACUCAUAAUAAGGGGGUGCUGAACGGUAUCAUUGGGGUUGCCCUCGCAUGUGGACAAGACACACGUGCCAUUGAUGUUGCGAACUGCCAGCUCGGCCACACGAAGCCCUUGGUCACCCACAGGUUCAACAGCAAGGAGUUGUUUCUUCGACUUACCGCAAGAAUCUCGGCACCGGUCGGGGUCAUAGGAGGAUCAUCCAAAUUAUUCUGGGGACUCUCCAUUCUUGGCCAGGCUCAGGAGAAUCGAAUUAGUAGCGGCUCCCUGGGUCGCAUUUUGGCUGCCGUCGGGCUUCUGCAAAACUUUGCUGCUUUACAAGCUCUAGUGACAAAUGGGAUACAACACGGCCAUAUGAAGCUUCAUAAUAGGAAACUAGUGACACGAGAAACGCCAACGCCGGCAUCAGCAUCAAGCUCUAUUUCAGCCUCAUUGCAGGCCGUUAGCAUAGAACCUAAAACUACUCCACCCAAGGUGACCACUCCAUUCAUGGACAGUCAAGAUAGAGAUAAAAACAAAUUGAAUACAGCGCUGAAUGAGUCCCUCAAGAGGAUAGAGGACAUUAUUUCUCACAUCAACUACACGCCAGAAGAGCCUAACUACGAAGCCAAGAUGAUGUUAACUAAUGGGGAAUCAGAUCUGUACAGGUACUUUUCUCCCGCUAAGCUGAGCCCUGUGAGGAACCUCCAGCAACCGUCAUUGCGAAUGCAAAGUCCGAAACGGCAAUCGUAUGCAUUAGAAAAGUUAGCCUCCCAGACACUGUUAGAUAGGGUGCGCACCCGGUCCCCAAUCCUUUCUCAAUCUAUCAGCUCUGACAGCCCAUUUGGCGCCGCUAGCACUCAUCAACCUACAGUUCUCUCAACACUAGCAAAAGGAUUAGGUCAGUCUGCGUCCACUUAUAACGGUGGCCAAUCUGCAGACUUGUUCGGUUCAGGACACGGUAAGCCGGCGUCUUCAUCUACACUCACCAGGCAGAUGUCCUACAGCCCAAACAGACUCAAUAGCUUUAGUGUAGUCAGUGACCGCACAACGUCGCCGGUAAAGAGCCUGGAGAUGGAGCACUGGGAAGGGAACUCCGGGGCGAGAAAUGAACUUAGCACCAGCAAGAGGCCCUACAAUAUAGUCUCUCCGAGUAAUUUAAAGCAUAAUUCUUGGAGAAACUCUUAG